GGCCCGCCGCCCUCCAAACCACUCUCCAAUAAUCCCCUUCAAAUAAAAAACGAAAGCCCUUUUAUAAGAGCUCCUCUCAUUUUCUCUCUCGUUCUCUCUCUUGAACGAUGCAGAGCUAGGGUUUCUCCGACCUCUCCCUCUCCCCCAAUUCCAAGCCCUAAUCCUUCUGUAAUUCUUCGCCAGCGAGCUCGAGAUCGAGAUGUCGAAAAGGAAAUUCGGGUUCGAAGGCUUCGGCAUCAACCGGCCGGCGACCUACAGCUUCGAGCGAUCCCAAGCCCCGCAGCGCCUCUACGUCCCCCCCUCCUCGCGCGGCGGCGGCGGGCACGACAACCAUGAGGACCACGACCUCGACAACAUCGACUACGACCAGCCUGACGCCCCCGACCGCCCCGCUGACGCGGGCGGCGGCGAUGGCGAGAUCGACCCCCUCGACGCCUUCAUGGAGGGCAUCCACGAAGAGAUCCGCGCGCCGCCACCGCCCUCUGUGAAGCCAAAAGACAAAGGGGACAAGUACCCGGACGACGACGACGACGACGACGACCCCGUGGAGAGCUUCUUGAGGGCCAGGAAGGACGUGGGCCUGACGCUGGCUGCCGAGGUUCUUCGCGCCGGGUACGACUCGGAUGAGGAGGUGUACGCCGCGGCGAAGGCGGUGGAUGCGGGGAUGAUUGAGUAUGAUUCGGAUGAUAACCCGAUAGUCAUGGACAAGAAGAACAUUGAGCCGAUUCCAGCGUUGGAUCAUAGCACCAUAGAGUAUGAGCCGUUCAACAAGGACUUUUACGAAGAAAAGCCUUCAAUUUCAGGGAUGAGCGAGCAGGAUGUUGCUGAAUACCGGAAAAGCUUAGCCAUACGUACUUCAGGUUUUGAUGUACCAAAACCAAUUAAAGCCUUCGAGGAUUGUGUGUUUUCUACUGCAUUAAUGAAUGCUAUUGCGAAGCAGGGUUAUGAAAAGCCAACACCAAUACAGUGCCAAGCUCUACCAAUUGUGCUUUCUGGGAGAGAUAUUAUUGGCAUUGCAAAAACUGGUUCAGGCAAAACUGCUGCUUUUGUACUUCCUAUUAUUGUUCAUAUUAUGGAUCAGCCUGAACUUCAAAAAGAAGAGGGCCCCAUAGGUGUAAUAUGUGCUCCCACAAGAGAAUUAGCACAUCAAAUAUACCUAGAAGCAAAGAAGUUUGCAAAACCUUAUGGAAUACGGGUUGCUUCUGUCUAUGGUGGAAUGUCCAAACUUGAUCAAUUCAAAGAACUUAAGGCAGGUUGUGAGAUAGUUGUUGCCACUCCAGGGAGACUGAUAGACUUGCUGAAAAUGAAGGCACUGACAAUGUUCAGGGCAACUUACCUAGUACUUGAUGAAGCUGACCGGAUGUUUGAUCUUGGCUUUGAGCCACAGAUGCGAUCUAUUGUUGGUCAGAUAAGGCCUGAUCGGCAGACACUACUUUUUUCUGCAACCAUGCCCUACAAAGUUGAACGUUUAGCCAGAGAGAUUCUCACUGAUCCAGUAAGAGUUAUAGUUGGCGAGGUUGGGAUGGCCAAUGAGGACAUUACUCAAGUUGUUAGUGUAAUUCCUUCUGUUGCUGAGAAGAUGCCUUGGCUUCUUGAAAAAUUACCUGAAAUGAUUGAUGAAGGGGACGUUCUUGUAUUUGCUUCUAAAAAGACUACAGUAGAUGAGAUUGAAAGCCAGUUGAUUCAGAAAGGAUUCAAGGUUGCAGCCCUUCAUGGGGACAAAGACCAGGCUUCUCGAAUGGACAUUUUACAGAAGUUCAAAUCUGGAACCUACCAUGUCCUAGUGGCGACUGAUGUUGCUGCCCGUGGACUUGACAUAAAGUCAAUCAAAUCGGUUGUUAAUUUUGAUAUUGCGAGAGACAUGGAUAUGCAUGUUCAUCGUAUUGGAAGAACAGGUCGUGCUGGAGAUAAAGAUGGGACUGCAUACACUCUUAUCACACAGAAAGAGGCACGCUUUGCUGGUGAAUUAGUCAACAGUUUGGUUGCUGCUGGUCAAAAUGUGUCUCCUGAACUGAUGGAUCUUGCUAUGAAGGAUGGAAGGUUCAGAGCCAAACGUGAUGCAAGAAAAGGUGGGAAGAAAGUGGGAGGCAAAGGAAAAGGUGGCGGUGGAAGUGGGCGAGGUGUGCGUGGUGUUGAUUAUGGCCUCGGUAUUGGUUAUAAUCCUGAGUCCACUAAUGCAACAUUGCAAUCUGUUCCAAAUCGAUCAUCUACAGUUAGUUCCCUGAGGACUGGGAUGAGGGCACAAUUUAAAAGCAAUUUUGUUGCUGCUACGUCCAAUCCUUUCGGUGAUGGUAGAAACCAGUCAAGUGUAUCUUCCACCGGGAGGCCAGUUCUAGCUGGUUUUGUGUCUGGUGGUUCAAUUGGUGGAGAGGCAUAUAAAUUACAGCCUGCUACUUCUUUUACUCCCACCUCCAAGUUAGGAGGAAACACGUGUGAAAAUGGAAAUCAGAAGAACUCUGAAAGUUCUGGAGACAGGCCCCGGGAAAGAAAGCGACCAUCUGGAUGGGAUCGUUAACUCUACUCCAUGUAUGAGUACAGGUUUUCUUUCCACUGUUGGAUCAGUGACAUGUCAAUAUCAAAAUUUAUGUUAAAUGAAUCAUGUCUUGGUAAAGUAUUUGCUUUUUUUGUUUUUUUGUCAAUUGCAGUUGAUUUUCAUCCCUA